UUGGAGCUUUAUGCACGGCAUUCUGUGCAUCCUCUCGCUGUCGACUUUGUAAGCAGCUUGUUGCAAGCCGAGAUGUCAUCCAAGUAUCUCUGUUUACUCUUCGCUACUAAGAAUGCCCAAGUCAAGCUGGUCACUCAUACACAAAAUGCAUCUUGGAAUCCUCCCUCGUGCUUUCUACGCUCACUUACACGCCUACCACAGGUACAAGAUGCAAAGUCAACAGAUGUAUCACAGCAGAAGCAGUUGCUACUCCCCAGUCAGGCGAGACAAACAUACAUCCGCUCAACCUGGAAAAUACAUUGUUGUAUCUUUCAUGACAGCCUGUAACCAAGGCUUCUCACACUACGCUUUUUGGAUUUCCAAUUUCAUUCUUGUCUUUUAAAUUACGUCCAUUCUUACCUCUUAUAGUACGGCCUUGAUAUCACGUCGACAAUGGAUAGCUCAAUGCAAGUAGACUUAGAGUUGCGGUUGAAGAGAGAAGAGCCAGCAGAAGAACCAGAGCCAACAGACUUGGCAUUAACACCAGAGCCGCCGGAUUCAUCAGAGCCAUCAGGAUCAGCAAACACGUCCGAGCCAGCAGAGUUAUCGGCAUUAGAAGCCGCAAAAGCCGACAGAGCUGCAAGAAACGCGAAAUACCGACAGGAUAUCGCAGACAACAACAAGAAACUCGCCAAACUCGCCGAGAAAAUCUCCAAGAUGCCUCGAUCACCUUCGCCGCCAGCUCCCCCUCCGCUCAGGAAGAAACGGUCACACAGCGAGCUCUUAUGCGAGCUCAUUCUAUCACAGAUGAAGAGGGGUCAAUGGAAACCAGAGGACAUAGUCGAGCUGCUUCUCGGCCCUACAGAGGAAGACGGUGACGGCGACAGCAGCAGUAGCAGCAGCAGCAAACUCAAGGGCAAAUGCGACGUUGGCGAUAUGUUAGAACAACUCAAAAGCAAAGAAAAAGGCAAAGAAAAAGACGAAGGGAAAGACAAAGGCAAAGAAAAUGAUGAAGGGAAAGGCAAAGAUGAAGAUGAAGGGGAAAGCGAAGAAGAUGAUGAAGGGGAAGUCAAAGAAGAAGAAAAAGAUGUUACCGAAAUCAUUUCCCCCGGCGGCGACAUGAUCUUGGCGAUCGAGGGCUCCAACACGGCAUUCCUAGUCUAUUCGCAGACCCUCAUGUGCGCAUCAGCAUCCUUUGAAGUGCUGGUCGAGGACAUCAUGUGCGCGUCCGGUGACCACGAAAGGAUCCUCGUGCUCGACCCGGAGAACAUCGAAAUCGUCCGCAUCAUCUGCCGCAUCAUCCACCUCCAAAACCAUUUGGUGCCGCGGUCAUUCAGGCCAUCCAUGCUUCUCGGCGCGGCGAUUCUAGUGAACAAAUACGGCCUGCAAAGGGCCGUCACGCUCGCGGCGCGGCAGUGGCUUCUCAACGGCAGAGACAACCGGGAAUACAUGUCUGAUCCCCCGAUGGCAUCGGGGUGCUACAUGGUAGCAGCGUCCUUGUUCUGGGACGAACCCAUGUUUAAGAAGUGCAUGUGGGAGUUGAUUUCCAUAUGUACGGUGCCCUUUGAGAGACUCUGGGCAUGGCCCCCUCUGAAGCAAGAACUGUCCCAGAAAGCAAUCAAACUGCUCACGAUGAUAAGGGCCAAGGCUCGAGUCAGGGUAUACCAGAUACUCCUCGCCGAGACGGGCCUGCGCUGCUACGCCGGAUGGAACAGGAUUCUUCAAGAUCGAUACGAAAGCCUCCUCGCCCGGUACAAGCCAGCAACGACGGUCCGCAUCCCCCUCGCGCAAGUGAUUUUCGAGGUGAAGAAGGCCCUGUUCCGAGAGUUGGGAGGGCCCAGCUCGCCGAUGGACUGCUUGUAGAGCAUUGCAGGGCAAUUGGACGCGGUGGAAAAGACGGCUGUGAUAAGCUUGGAAACGUACAAGGGAAUUUUGGCAAUGGAAGGGGAUGCUGGGUUGGAUUGGGUGAUGUGACUCGUGAUGAUGGUAGCGUUGCGUUUCAUGAAGGUGGUUCGUCUGCUGGGAGUAGUUUGCCCAGGAGGAUGUCAUUUUACGGCUCUUUGUGAGGGUUGAUGAGUUGGGAAUAGAGGAUACUGGUGGAGUACGAUGGAAAUGCAUGGAGGAUGGAAUGAAAACCCGCUGGAUACCCACUGGACUAUACGGAGUAGUCUUCAAGAGAUGCCAACUGCCGGUUUGGAAGAGUUGAAGCAGCAUCAGGGGAUGGCAGCAGCCGGAUAGAGGUGGAGAAGAUUUCUCGGGCAUGGG